AACUACACCGGAACGCCGUCGCGACGAGACGAUGAAGACUCUACUGUGUCAAGUCUGCAUCUUGACGGCGCUCCUGGCUUUCCCGGGCGCAGGAUUUCCUUGUAACGGCGAAAGUUAUCCAGGGCUGAGGAGGCAGUGCUUGAAACGCCUGCAACAAAAGGUCAAAGCAGUGCUGGGCGACCUUACGGAAAACUGCAAAGACUUCGCCGAUUUCGCGACCUGCCUGAGAGAGAGCUGGGAGACCUCGCGCUGCGGUAACGUGGUGGGGGCAGCUCGGCACAACGAUACCCUGCUGAAAAGAAUUGAGGAGACGUACUUCCCUGACUGCCUCAACGGUUCUGGCGGGGCGGAAAAAGACUGUCACCCAGGCAAAGCCCUCCAGAAAUUCAUGAGCUGCGGAAACCGGUUCUACGACAGCGCUGUGCGUGUCUUCCAGAACCACGCCACAGUGUCCCUCACCUCCAUUUGCCCCGAGGUCGACGCGUACGACCAAUGCGCCCACGACACCCAGCUGGAAGCGCGCUGUUCGUCGGGCUACGAGAUGGCGCCCCACAUCAAGUUCAUCGCGGACGGAGUCACGCAGAGGUACCACCUCCUGUGCACCGCCCUGAAAAAAGCGGCUUUCCAGAAGGGCACGACUGCCUGCAACCGUCAGAGGUUCAUCAACGACAUGUUCCUGUGUGGAUUCCACUUCGCCAACAUCAUGGACAUCUACCGAAAGGACUCCAGCAUCAACCCAUGCGCGUACAUCGAGCGGUACAAGAAGUGCCACAACACGUCCCUGGAGACGUACGGAUGCGCUCCACCCGACCAGCUUUACAAGGACGCCGAGAGGUUCUUCGAGUUCCUCACGCAGAAGUUCACGGAAAAGUGCAGGGCAGAGUCCAAGACUGGUAACGUCGCCAUGGUGUCACGCCUCACCGACAAGGACGGUGAACUUGCGCACACAAGUCUUUCGGAUGCUGAGAACAGUUGCGACGGGUACAGGUUUAUCGGACACUUCUUCCGUUGCUCCAAAGCUUUCAUGAAUGCGACGAGCGGCAGCCGCCAGGACACCGCGCACAUUUGCAGGGCGGUGAGCAAGUACCAGCGAUGCAUGGACAGAGCCCGACAGACCACCCACUGCCAGGAUACGGUGGAUCUGAACGGCCACUUGGACUCCAUGGAGCAGCUGGUGCUGGCGAGCCACGAGUCCCUGUGCUCCACCAGGGGGAGCCAGGCGUCCAGGGGGAGCGAAUUCGCAACGGUGAACCACUAGGCUGCCACCCUCUCGGCCACUGCUGCGAUCUCUCCAUGGUUUCCCCACCAAGGAAGCAGAAAGUACCCUGUUCAUCCUGUUUACUGUUGGCCAGACACAAAUUCCUUGCUGCAUUAAAACAACGUCGCCAAUGUUUUAAGGGACAAGCGGUUGUGCGAUAGGUUGGGAAAUUCCGGUGAUAGUAUGCCCUAAUUUACAUGCCUUGGGCGACGAAGACAAUGAAAAUAGAAAUAGUUCAUAACAAACAAGGUCUAUCCUCCUACUACCUUGGGCUCGAACUUUACAUGCCACUGACCGCGGUGAAAGUGACGCACGAGUAUUUCUGGGCUUAGCUCGAGGCAGCAGCAACACAUCAUGCAAAGCGACGGGAAGAUGCCUGAACUUGAUGUAACGUUUGAUAGGAAAUGAGGUGCGGUAAAGGAGAAUGGAUAUCGAGUUAGAGGGUGCUGCACUCGUAAAAAAAAAAGCAAUGGAGGGUGGUUAGAGAAAGCUACCUUUAGAAGAUGUACUACCGAGGUGUACUGAUGUUGUACAUGUAGCGUAAGAUAGCUUGAACGCAGUUGAAUGUUUAUUUAAACUGAGCUGUACAAAUGUUUGUGCGGCAUAAGGAGCUCCAUGCAGCAACCUAUAGCUUUGUUCCUCACUUUCCGGAUCUGGCACAGUUCUACAUAAGGUGCAGUACGCUGGUCAUGGCAGGCAGUUGACCUCCAAAUGUCCCUCAGCGACAGAAUGAGUGUUGCCCGUCGUUAUAUGAUUUAAUUGUUCUACCUGAUGAAUCAAGUUCGUGGCGCGUCUGUUUUGAUCUGAGAACAAGAAAUAGUUUGGCAGCAUUAACAAAGAAAGACAGACGACUCGCUGUAGCAUCUAAAGUUAGCACCAGGCAGAAAACGGACCCCCAUAAAUAGAUUUCACAAGUGCUGAUUCGUAGCCCGGCAACCGACUCUGCGGUUGAGCGUAUCUUUCAGGUUUAGGAAACAGCUCGAAAUGAGCGACUGAGGCACGUGCUUUGCCGUCAGAGCAAGUAGGUGAACUAGCGUAUUGAGUUAUUAUUAAAAGCAUGUUCUAGAGAGAGAGAAGAGAGAGGGGGAAGCCUUUAUUAAAUAAUGUAGUUGUUUUUGUGUGGCACGAACUCUCAACGUGGUGGUGUCAGUGCUUGUAUUUUAUAGACCACGAGGCCAUACUGUGACAUACAAGGAAGAAUAAUAAAGCUUUAUUGUUUAAC